CCUGCUGCACUCGGCUUCAUUCACAGCAGCAGACGCAGACAUGAGCGGACGAGUUGGAGACUUGAGCCCGAAGCAGAAUGAAAUCUUAACCGAGUUUCGGGGGAGGAUCGAGGAUAUCCUCCCGAACCUUCCUGCACAGCACGAUCAUUACCUCCUCCGCUGGCUCAGAGCCAGAAGCUUCAAUGUCCAGAAAGCUGAAGCGAUGAUCAGGAAGCAUGUGGAAUUCAGGAAGCAGAUGAAAGUCGACUCCAUCAUAUCUGACUUUAAACCUCCAGAGGUGAUUGAGCGCUACGUGUCAGGAGGGAUGUGUGGAUAUGACAGAGACGGCAGUCCCAUCUGGUAUGACGUCAUCGGUCCUCUGGAUCCUAAAGGUCUGCUGCUGUCGGCCACCAAGCAGGACUUCAUGAAGACUAAGAUCAGACACACAGAGAUGCUGCACAGAGAGUGCAGGAGGCAGACGGAGAAGCUGGGUAAGAACAUCGAAGCCAUCACUCUGAUCUACGACUGUGAAGGUUUGGGACUGAAACACAUCUGGAAACCUGCUGUAGAGGCUUACGGAGAGAUUCUCACCAUGUUUGAAGACAACUAUCCAGAAGGACUGAAGAGACUUUUUCUUAUCAAAGCUCCUAAAAUGUUCCCCAUGGCGUACAACCUCAUCAAACACUUCCUGUGUGAGGAAACGAGAAGCAAGAUCAUCGUUUUAGGAAGUAAUUGGCAGGAAGUGUUACGUAAGCACAUCGACCCCGAGCAGCUCCCGAUGGCGUACGGAGGAACUCUGACGGAUCCUGACGGAGAUCCACGCUGCAGGACGAUGAUAAAAUACGGAGGCACAGUUCCCAGGUCGUACUACGUUCAGGACUCGGUGAAGGUUCAGUAUGACAGCAGCGUGACAAUCAGCCGCGGCUCCGUCUUCCAGCUGGAGUACGAUGUGACUGAAGCCGGCAGCCUGCUCAGGUGGCAGUUUGCCAGCGACGGGGCAGAUAUCGGGUUCGGAGUUUACCGACGGACCAAAGACUGCAGCAGUAAGAAAACAUGUGACAUGCAGCAGGUUUUACCCAGCGAACGCUACAACGCACAUCUGGUUCCUGAAGACAGCUGCCUCACCUGCCCCGAACCCGGAGUCUACGUGCUGUGCUUUGAUAACAGCUACAGCAUCCUUCAGUCUAAGAGAGUGAGCUACAACGUGGAGCUCGUCCCUCCGUCAGACGGACCGGUGCAGCAGAGUCCACGAAGCCGAGGAGACGGGAGGCUGCAGUGACGACGACCAACCGCUGAAAACUCACAUUC